AUGGGUGACUACGAGCCAGAUGUAGCUGACUUGCCUACGGCGCAAAUCACUGAAACCAAGGGAGCUCUGAAUGGAGUCUCCGACGGUGAAAGUGGUGUUCUUUACCGCCAACUUCGCCAGAAGCCUCUCAACAUUGUCGGCGGUAGGGGAAGCUACCUCAUCACAGAUACUGGAUUGGAGAUUCUGGAUGCCACUUGCGGCGCUGCGGUGUCCUGUCUUGGACACAAUGAUAAGCGAGUGCACGAAGCCAUUCAGGAGCAACUGCAGAAAGUCUCCUACUGCUAUGCGUUGUAUUUCUCCAACAGCGCGAUGGAAAAUCUUUGCAAGUUCUUGGUUGAUUCAACUGGAGGCAAAAUGUCUCGAGCAUUCAUUGUGGCUUCAGGCACCGAAGCUGUGGAAGCUUCUUUGAAAAUGGCAGUUCAGUACUUUAUGGAGCUACCCACACCCCAGCCCCAGCGCGCCAAUUUUAUCGCUCGCAAGCAAUCAUAUCAUGGUAACACUUUGGGUUCACUGUCAGUGGGUCAUCACGUUGGCCGCAGAGCUUUGUAUGAGAAGGUUCUGGCAAAGAAUGUCUCACAUGUCUCGCAAUGCUACCCCUACCGAGAUAUGAAGCCAGGUGAAUCGGUUGAAAGCUAUGUUGGCAGGCUUGCCCAAGAGCUGGAAGAUGAGUUCCAGAGGCUUGGACCCGAUACAGUCUGCGCUUUUGUCGCGGAGACAAUGGCUGGUGCUACAUUAGGAUGCAUGCCCCCGCUUCCUGGUUACUUGAAAGCUAUGAAAGAAGUCUGUCAGCGUCACGGUGCGUUGCUUAUCUUGGAUGAGGUGAUGUCGGGUAUGGGUCGUACUGGAACUCUGCACGCCUGGGAGCAGGAAGAUGUCGUUCCCGACCUUCAGACUAUUGCUAAAGGCCUCGGCGGUGGAUAUGCUCCUAUUGCUGGUCUUUUGAUUAACAAGCAUGUCGUUGAUACCUUGACAAAGGGUACUGGAUCAUUCUCCCACAGCCAGACCUACCAAGGUCAUCCAGUUUCAUGCGCGGCUGCAUAUCGGGUGCAGAAGAUUAUCCAGGAAGAUAACCUUCUUCAUAAUGUUCUUGAGAUGGGCGCCUAUCUAAGCCAGUUGCUGCACGAGAAACUUGAUGACCAUCCUCACGUUGGUGAUAUUCGCGGGCGAGGGCUCUUUUGGGCUAUUGAAUUUGUGAAAGAUAAACAAACUAAAGAGCCGUACCCUCCAUCACAGGGUGUGGCUUGGGCUGUUCAUGCCUCUGGACUGAAGCCAGAGCAUGCUAUCUCCUUCAUUCCGGGAAAUGGUGGAGUAGACGGUAUUAAUGGCGACCAUGUCUGCUUGGCUCCUGCCUAUAACACUACUCGAGCAGAGAUUGAAUUGAUCGUGGAUCGUGUGGUUCGAGUUAUUGUGGACGUUUUGGGUCAGUAG